AUGUGUAUAGAACGUGUUCGUCCCCGCUUGCGCUUACGCCUUGCGCGCCGGCGGGAGUAUCGCAACGUAAUGGGGUGGGCGAUUGCGGGCGGUACGCAUGCAGAGCACGUACCGCGCGGAGAAAUUACGCGCGUCGAUCCCGCAGGAUCGGGCGGGAUUCGGUCAAUCGAUGCGUCUCCCAGGGACCGGUGGGCGCGCCGCCGUCGCCUCGGUGAAACGCUCGCGAGUAUCUCCACUCAACAGUCCCCGGACGACGGCGGCCUGAAUCUGAAAUCAAAGACGGCUCGCUCCGGCAGAAGUGGAGGCGAGGAACUUUCGCGCCAUUCGCACAUUUCACACGUUACCAGGAAACCAUGGCGU